AGAAAUGAGAAUAAGGACACAGUUUUUUUUGAAACAUGUUACGUUUGGCAAGGGGGAGUACAAUACAAACGAGAUAGAAAUGCCCCAACUCCCUCAAUCUCCAAAACGAAACAACAAAAAAAAAAAGAGAGAAUUAAGGGAAAGAAAAACGUAUGGGUUCGUUGACGGGAAGUGAUAGGAAGCUGAUGAGCCGAGCCGAACCGGCCGACGAGGAAGCCAGCUCAUUCGCGGUGCAGCUGGCCAGCGCUUCGGUGCUUCCGAUGGUGCUUAAGGCAGCCAUAGAGCUGGACCUUCUGGAGCUGAUGGCUAAAGCCGGACCGGGAGCAGCCGUCUCCCCUUCCCAGCUCGCGGCUCAGCUCCCGACUGCCAACCCGGACGAAGCCGCCGCCAAGCUGGACCGGAUUCUCCGGCUGCUCUGCACCUACUCCGUCCUGAACUGCUCCCUCCGGAACCUCCCGGACGGCGGCGGGGUGGAGCGGCUGUACAGCUUGGCACCGGUGUGCAAGUACUUGACCAGGAACGCCGACGGCGUCUCCAUGGCGCCGCUCUUGCUUAUGAACCAAGACAAAGUCCUCAUGGAAAGCUGGUAUCACUUAAAAGAAACGGUGCUGGAGGGUGGGGUUCCGUUCGACAAGGCGUACGGAAUGAGCGAAUUCGAGUACCACGGGACCGACCCGAGAUUCAACAAGGUCUUCAACCUCGGAAUGUCCGACCACUCCACCAUCACCAUGAAGAAGAUUCUCGACCAUUACCGCGGCUUCGACGGCCUCAAAUCCCUGGUGGACGUCGGCGGCGGCACCGGCGCCACCCUCAAAAUGAUCCUCUCCAAAUACCCCCACAUCAAGGGCGUCAACUUUGAUUUGCCCCACGUCAUUCGCGACGCUCCCCAUUUUCCCGGGAUGGAGCACGUGGGAGGAGACAUGUUCGAGAGGGUGCCGAGAGGGGACGCCAUAUUCAUGAAGUGGAUAUGCCACAACUGGAGCGACGCCCACUGCCUGAAGUUGUUGAGGAACUGCCGCGAUGCGCUGCCGGACGACGGCGGGAAAGUGAUCGUGGCGGAGUACAACCUGCCGGAAGUGCCGGACGGGUCGCCGGCGACGAAGAACGUGGUCCACAUUGAUCUGAUCAUGCUGGCGUACUGCGCCGGCGGGAAAGAGAGGACCGAGAAGGAGUUUGAGGCGCUGGCUAUGGCUGCCGGCUUCCGGGGGUUCCGCAAGCUUUGCUGCGCUCUCAACACUUGGAUCAUGGAAUUCUCCAAGUAGCUAGCUACUAGCUAGAUAGGUUCCUUUUCAAUGUGGGGGACGACUGUACUGUCUUUGUUGAUUUUUCUAGCUACUCCGCUGAAUUUAAAUAAUACGGAGUCAAUGUGUAUUUGUUCAUUUUGAUUUUCCAUGAAAAUACUCAAGUGUUACCUUUUCUGUUUGCCAAAAGUGUGUUCAAAAUAAAAUGAACUAAAGGGG